AUGGCUGACGGGACAGAGGCCAAAGAAACACCCUACGUUGACGGAUUUGUCAAGGACGGGUUUGAGAAAGUCAGAGAUGUGUUCAGGGCCAAUUUGGAGAAUGGUUCUGAUGAAGGGAGUUCCGUAGCGGUUUACUAUGAAGGAGAGUUGGUCGUGAACCUAUGGGGAGGCUGGGUGGAGAAGGAGGCUGGAAUGAAAUGGCGAGAGGACACCAUGCCGUGUUUCUACUCCUCAACAAAAAGUCCUUCAGCCCUUGUGAUAGCUCACCUUGUCGACAGAGGUCUCCUCGACUACAAUGAAAAAAUAGCAAAGUACUGGCCCGAGUUUGCACAGAACGGCAAAGAGAACAUUACUCUUGAAACGUACAUCUCUAACAAGGCUGGACUUAGUGGGAACGAAGAACCAUUACCAUUAAGACUCAUGUUAGAUGACCCUAAAAAAUUUGGAGACAUUUUAGCAAAACAAAGGCCACUGUGGGAACCAGGAACUAAACAUGGCUACCAUCCUUUAACAUUUGCCUUGUACCUGGACCAAAUUGCCAAACCGUUCGAUAUUGAGUUCUAUAUAGGCCUACCAAAGGAGCUUUACUACAGAGCCCCGCGUACUUCCAUGAUGGCAAUUUUCAAUGUCGAGGAGAUCAUGAAGCAAAUACAGGGCGAACCAGAAAUAAUGAAUAUCGUCAAUGCAACCUUCACUGAUAUGCAAACCACAGCACGAUGUCCGGUCUGA